AUGGGAGUACAGGAGAGCCGUUUGCGAGUGGAAGACCGCCAGGCUGCCGACCCCGACGGGAAGUGGUGUGUUGGUGACCUCACGCCCAAAACGGAGGCAGCCAAGCAGUGUCCAGGCUUCGGCAUCGAUGCAGAAUCCCCAGUGGAAGUGCCCCAGAAGGCAAUGUCAGCACGGGUGUUCGUUCAUUCUCUGGCAUCAGGCAGUUUUCGGGAUGAGUUUGUUGUCCAGUUCAACAACGUGGCAGACGUUGGGUUCUGGCAGGGUGUUCGCUCCCGGUGCGAUUUCGAUCGGUUGUAUGAGGACCUGGGGAGUGAACAUGGUGGGACCAUGAUCCAGCCCUUGCCCAAUCGGAAAGCGGACUAUUUCAGAAUGCAGCCGUUGGUGUGGAGCGUCUACAUGCACGAAAGUGGGACAUUCCUCGAGAAUUGGCUCAACGCAGUCAUUCAAGCAGGCUUUGGCCGCACAGGCUCUUUCAAAAGAUUUUUGUCGAACCAGCCGAUUCGCCAGCCUGUUUCCAUCCAUGGCUGGGACAGUGUGUCGCACAUGAUCUUUGCUUUGCCAAUGAUGGAUGACGUAGUCGAUUUCCUGGAAGAGCCUUUGGAUAUCGUCCGCUUGUGUGAGCUUUCUUCAAAUACAAUCUUUCAAAACGGCAAGCUCUUCUGUGCCAAGCAGUGGGAACGCAUGUAUGCUGAGCGUUGGCCGGCAUUCCAUGAAGCCCAAUGUCACAUGUCAGAAGUGACCCGUAUGGAGACGGAUUGGAAGUCUAUGUACCGGCACACUUGUUCCGGACAUUACGAAGCACUACUGGAGGUGUACGACCGGGAGAAGAAGCUUGGAUUCGCAAUGUCGUGCAUGUUGGCAAAGGUCACCUGGGACGCCAACACCAACUGUUUCAUUGCCGGCUAUGUCAGUGCAAGUCAGGUCCUUCCGGAGCGAAUCCCGUACCAUGAAGGAUACAGGCUGCGCUUCUGCAGGCCCUCCGUGCGCGAUGAGCUCAAACCUGAGCUCAUGCCGCCGCAAGUCUCGGAAGUGUAUGGGUAUCGUGCGACUUGGACGACAGCGAGGGAGAGCCAUGUGAUAUUGCUGAAUAGGCUUGAAGAGUACUUAGUGUGGGUUCAGAAGCAUCUGCUGUUCAAGAAGAGGUUCUGCAUGACGUGCCCGAGCUCAAAGUGGGCCAGGGCGUGGAGUUGCAAUGGAAGAUGCAGCAGGGCAGCCCAUUCGGCUGGUGGUUUGGCAUUGUUGAGUCAGUUCUGCGGGACAAGCACAGCACGAAAGCGAUGA